AUGUUGAAACCGAAGAAUCGGAACUCGGUGAGUAUGAGAAGAAGCAAAGCUAAUUGCAAGAGUCUUUAUAGAAUGGUUCAGACGUUGUCCAUGUGGGGUGCUUGGUUUGAUGCAAACAUCAGACUCACGACCGAUGUUAUGCCGAAACUGGUUGCGGUCUACAUCUUCGGAUUGCUGCUUCUUUUCCCGAAGUGGAUAUUGUUGCUUGCGGUUUAUGGUGUAUUGCUAGCGUUCAAUUUUCUUCGUGAAACGAGCAAGUAUUACAAGAACAUCAUGUAUGGGAUCGACACGCCUCCUUUGGUACCCGACGAGAAUUUGAAGCUCGAAGAGUUGGAGUCGUUUCAGUCGUCGAUGGCGGAGAAAGUGGUGGCAUUCGUGGGCAAGGCUGCGUCAUGGGGAGAAAAGCUUUGCGUGCUUUUCACGGUUCGUGAUGAUCCACUCGGUUCGAUUUACUUGUUAAUCGUCUGUUAUAUGAUCUUGUUCGUCAUUUGCAGUGUUUCGUAUCAGAUUUUGGGUAUGUUUUUGAUGGUCUAUUUGGUUAAUUUCCCUUUUAUGUGCUGCGACGACUUGCCCACUGGUAUCAUCAACUUUUUCACAAGGUUGCCGACCAAGGCAGAAGAUAUUGGGUGA